UUCGACUCUCCCGGAACAUUUGGCCAUCCGACACCCGAGAGCCGAUCCACGUUUACGUUUGCAUGUCCAUCGCCCCCACCCCCUCUGCCGCCCUUGAACCACCCGGCUUUGUCAUCCUACCUCAAGGACAAAAACGUUAAUAAUAUUACUCCCACAGCAUUAGGUUUCGCAUCGGACCGAUCCAACUCAUUUCCCAAACGUUCAUCACGGAUCCCGUCUGGCAUUGGUGAUGAUUUCUUCGUAUCGCUAUCAAUGAAAUUUGGUCGAUCUGUCCGACGUUCUGCAAGCCUCCCGAAGGUGCAGGAUGUCUUUCCUCCUUCCUCGGAAGAGCAGCCUGCUGCUCAACGCCUCCGUACGCGAACAAUAUCUGACAAUGCACGACCCCGUCGACGCAACAGUGCCUCUUGGAGUGCACAGCAAGCUACAGAAGGUGUCAACUCAUCUUCAAACAAUGCAUGGCCCGCAGAGGUAUCGCGCGAAAUGCUGCGACUUUCGUUGGGUGAAGGG